AUGCGAAAUUUAGAUGAGUAGUUACUUGAGGAGACCUCUCGGAAACCCUCAAUAUUAUUUACUAAAUUAGAGAAAGUUCAAGUCUCACAUGAACCAAGUGAAAGUGGGCAAUCCAAUGAGUCUCAAGAUAUGCCCCAACGAUUUGAACAGGGAUUCAAAAAUCAGAUUUGGAAAGAACGAGCUUUGAAUGUCAUUGUGUUAGUAGCCAGAUUUGUUACUUACUUGUUGACUAAUUCAGACAAAUUCAAACUCCGAUACUUGGAAUUAAGAUAAUUCAAAGUUAUCGGAGAUUAGGCAUCUGAUUAUAAUUAUUAUUUGACAAGAAGAUUAAUUAGAGCUAAAUCCAAAUAGCAUUUAUGUGUAAUAUUUUAUGAGUUUCAUCUUAAGCUCUUCUUUAAGAAGAUAGUUUACAUCUUUCGCCGGAUUGGGAUUAGUAUCUCGCCUAUUACUCCAGAUCACACUGUAAAAUUGCUUUGGGAUCUGUUCGUGUUUACAAUACUAAUUAUCAACAUUAUAUACAUUCCACUGAAAAUUUCAUUUGAUAUUCAGGGAUCAAAUGACGGCAUUGACUUUUUCCUUGAAACCUUGCCACAAUAUGUAUUUAUUUGUGAGAUUUUAUUGAAUUUUAAUGUUGCUUAUUAUAGUAGAGGAAUUUUGGUGUUAAAUUAAGUUCAGAUAAUAAAACAUUAUUUAAAAGGGAAAUUCAUAACUGAUUUUAUAGUUUUGAUUCCUUUUUUGAUUGGGAGAUCCAAUGUUCCUUACAUAGAAUUCGUGUUAUUGUUGAGAGUUUCAAGAAUUAUGUUCAUUUUUGAAAAUUUGGUUGAAACCUUAAAUUUGAGAGUCAAUUUUGCUGCUGUCAUUGAUUUAAUAUCUUUGCUUGCAACCUUUUUGUUUGCGUCUCAUCUAAUAGCUUGUGUUUGGCAUUUCAUUGCUGUUCAAGAACACCUUUAUCACAAUUCAAUAUACACUUGGGCAGACAAGGCUCAACUAGAUUCUGAUUGGGUUAGUAGAUAUAUCACCUCCUUUUAUUGGGCUUGUAUAACUACCUUAACAAUAGGUUAUGGUGACAUAACCCCAGUCACUCAAGUAGAAAAAUUGUUUGUGAUUUUUGUAACCCUACUAAGUUCAAUAAUAUUUGGUUAUACAAUCUCAAGUAUUGGGGCAAUAUUCACAUAAAUCUCUGAGAAUAAAAACUAUCUGAGAGAUAAAAUGACUAUGAUUGAUUCCUUUAUCAAAAGAAGAGGAUUAAAUAAGGAACUCCAAGUAAGAGUAAAGAAAUUCUUUGAAUACUAUUUAAAGACUCAAAAGAACACAGAUUUUGAAUGUGAAAAACUUAUGGAACAUUUAUCAGGAACUUUAAUCAGAGAAGUCAAAAUUGACUUUUACAAAUCCCUAUUCUUUUAAUCAAAACUAUUUAGAUAAAAUUUCUCCGAUGAAUUUAUUUCAAAUCUAUGUCUUUUGGUUAAAGAAUAAAGUUUUGUACCUGAAGAAGUCAUUUUUCAGGAAGGACAACAAGUAGAUCGAAUGUAUUUUAUUCUAAAAGGGGAGGUUGAAGCCAAUGUUAGACAUAAUAAAUUAGUUAAGAUUUAUAAAAGAAGACAAGCAAUAGAUGAGAAAGGAUUCAUUUCUUAAAAUUGUGCUUAAUUUACUUCCAGAGCAGUCAAAUUCUCCAAACUUGCUUAUGUGACCUUUGAAGAUGUGUUAAGUUUGCUAUAAUUAAAUAAGGAAGAUCUGGAAAAAUAUUAUAGAAUUAAACAUUAAAUACAAUUUGGAGGAAGGAUUAAAUUUAGUGGAUGCGAACUUUGUUAUCAAAAUCACAUUUUUACAAAGUGUCCUUUUGUCUUUUACACACCCAACAAUAUGAGAUUAUACAAAAAAAAGCAUAAUUAGGAUUAGUAGAACCGAUUAUUUUAAUAAAGAAGAAUAUCCUAAAAGUUAUUUACUCAUAAAUCUAUAAUUAAUUUAAGACUACUUUAAAAGAAUGUCUUAGAAUAUGGAAAUUCUACAUUUCUGUAUUCUGAUCUUCUACCUGAUUGUGAUUUCUUUUAAAUUAAUAAAAAUGAUGAAAUUAAUUGUUAUGGUGAUGGUUAAUCAAUUUCUGAAGAGUCAUUGGUUUCACCUGAUAACUCAGGAACUUAAUUUAAACACUAAUUUUCAUCCUAAUCGUAAUAGGGUAAUUACAUGGCUCAAUCAAUUCAAAAAAAUUUGAAUAGAAUUCAGUAAGAACCUGGAAUAUCUUCCAUGCGUGUCAAAAUUACCAAAAGCACUAAAAAAUAGACUGUUAAUACAUCAAACUAAAAAAUUGCUUGUGAUGGUGAAGAUUUAAAGGAACCUACUUAAGAUCUCAAAUUCAUUUUAAAGAGAUAAAAUAGUAGUAGAUAAUUAUUCGAUUAAUAAUUAAAACCCAAUAAAGGUAUAAACCUUGAACCCACGUAAAUUUAAUUAAUCGAAAUGGAAAUUGUUAAAAAUAUUUUUGAGGAACAUGAACAUUAGAUAGAUUCUAUAAAAGAGUUUGAAUUUUAUGACAUAAAAUUUAAUCUUAGCAAUAUUAUCAAAGAUCUAUUCACAAAAAAAAGGAAAAAAAUGAUGUUUUAAAUUAGUAGAAAACGAUAAAAGAAAUAAUUAUUUUGUGUUUUAAACAAAAAAGAUUAAAAUUAAAAUGCUAUCAAUAAUAGUUUUUGCCAAGCGGAUUCAUGA